AUGGUGGAUAAACGAAUCAACAAACUUGAAGAUGACUUGGAGAAACUAAAAAGAGGUGUACUUAAUGUUUCUGAAGCUGCAAGUUGCCAAAUAGGAGGCGUCAUUGAAGAUUUUGAAAAACAACCACAGGAUGAAUCACUUGAUAAUUCAUGUCUUCUUGUGGUUGAAUUUGCUGCAAAUGUAGUUGCUAAAGGAACCAUAAUGAAGUAUAGUGCAUCGGGAAAAGUGGUGGCGAAAUCUGUGAAAAAGCAUGCAACACCAGUGAAGAAAGCUGCAACACCAGUGAAUGAAGAUGUAACACCAGUGAAGGAAGAUGCAACACCUCCAAAAGAAGAAAUAGGAAGUAAUAAGAAAGAAAAGGGGACAGGAAAAAUGGUUGAUGGAGAAAAACAACCAUGUGAUAUGGAAGAAGGGAAUGAUGUGGAAGAAGUGUUUGGAAUAGAAAAGAAGAUUAAAAAGGAGAAACAAAAUGUGACCGUGCAAAGAAGGUGGACCAGAGCACAGAUGAAGACAAGGAUAAGGAUUGAGAAGAGUAGUAUUUUGAAAAUGACUGCAAUGAUGGCUGAUAGACAAGUUACAAAGGUUGAUUCUAUAAGAGUGCAGAGUGAGAACGAUCUUUUUGGGUACGAUAGUUACACGUACUUAAAUUGGGAUGAUUUUGAAGCAGUUCUUAUAAUGGAUGAGCUGACUGGUGCUUGUUUGUAUGAUAACAAGGUGUUGUUUAACAAAUUGAAGUAUGGCUCCCCAGAAAGAGACCAGGGAAUUUGCUUUGUGAACCCGACAGUAAUCUCACCAAGUACGCGUAAACGGAAAUCUAAGAAUAUUGACGAUGCAAGCAGAGGUUUAGCAGAUCGGUUGUCUAAAAGAAAGGGCAAUGACAUCAUCUUUAUGCCCUACAAUCCCGGAAGACAUUGGGUAUUGGGUGUAGUAGACAUGAAAUCGGAUACUUGCUAUUAUCUUGAUUCCUUGAGCUCUGGCAAUUUCAAUAUGCAGUUGAAGCAAAUUGUUGAUUCGGCAAUGGUUUUAUACACUACACAAAAUGGAUCCAACAAAAAGGUUAAACUAAAUUGGUGUCCAGUUCAGCCCGGAUCUACCGAAUGUGGCUACUACAUGCUAAGGUUCAUGAAGGAGAUAAUGGAAGAAGGAAUUGAAGUGUUGGUCAAAGACAAUAUCGGGGAUGGCAAAGCUGAGUACACAAUUGCUGAUAUCGAUGAGAUACGUGAAGAAUGGUCAACUUUUGUUAUAGGCUUCAUUUAUCGAUGA